AUGCCGAAGCUUUUCGUGGAGCGGGACUAUGUGGAUCAGGAGUUGGCGAAGCUGCGGCGCGAGAUGAGCGACCUCAAGGCAGAGCUUCUCUCCAAGCUUGAUGAGCAGUUUGGCAACCAGAACCCGAAUUGGAAUGACCCGAUGCCUUCGAAGAGGCAGCUGGAGGAGGAGGUGGGCAUCUCCAUCUCGGGCAGCGAGCAAAGCAUCCCAGUGGAAGGCUCAGGCAAGGACAAGAAGGGCGCUUCCGCUUUGGUCUCCGAGGAGCCGGGCGACGAGAAAGAUCCGAGCGAGCAGAUUGUUUGCUUCGACAGGAAGAGUGCCUGGAGCAUCCCCUUGGUUCUCUCUUGGAGCCAUGUGACUGACAGCAUCUUCGCGUGUUUGCUGCUUCUGCUGAAUGCCUCCAUGCAGAUCCUUUUCAUCGUCAUCCUCUUGUCUCCGGAGUUCCUUGGUGAAGACUUCUCGGAGCAGUUGGAGAGUGCGAAAGAGUGGCGCCGAAGCUUUGCUCACGACUACCUCUACGUCGACUUGGCGGAGAAGAGCCUUGCGACCAAGGUCUGCGAUGAAGAUGGCUCUCUGAUCUUCUCGACUGCUCAGGUGGCACUCGUUGGUGAGAUCAACAGCUACCUUGCCCUUAGCAAGUUUGGGGAGGAAGCUUUUCAAUUACCAUCCUUUCAGCCUGGUGUCUUGCUGUCGGUCUUGUGCAUCCUGCUCUGGAACAUCUGCGUCUUCAAGGAGCUGCGGAGCAUCUGGUAUGUCCUGAAGGGCAUUUUGUUGGGCAGUGCCUGGUCCAAAGCACGGCUUUCUCAAUCCAACUCUGUGCAAGAGCUCUGGCAGCUGUCUUGGCAGCGAGGGUUUGUGAUGUCCUGCGUUUGCCUUGGCCGCAUUUGCGUGGCCUGUGCCUUGCUGAUCUCGGGUUGUAUUUGGUUGGGACACACUACCUCGAUUACCGAGCUGAUGCUGAACUCGGUGGCGUUGGAAUCCGUCUUGCAUGUGGACGAGUUCAUCUUCUCGGCUUUGGUGCCCACGAACCUGCAGCAGAAGAUCCAAAUACUGCAGCCUGUGAAGAUCAAGAAAAGCCGUCGCUCUCCGAGAUUGGAGAACGUGGUGCUCUUCUCGGUUCUCUCGGCUGCGCUGGUCCUUCCCUACCUCCUCAUCUUGGCCCCACUGAGAGAGACCAUGCUCCAGGUGAAGUAUGAGCUCUGUGGAGGGCAGCAGCAGUUUGCCAUGGGUUUCAAGGACGGCAUCGUGCGGGAAUUCGCGACCCAGCCUGCCGAAAGCAACAUCACAGCAAACAGAUACAUUGAGAGAGCAGUGCAGGAAAAGGUAUUCCCGGAAGACUUUCCCGUGAAGCUUGCCGCUCCGGCUGUCGAGCCGGAUAUUUCUCGCAUGCGCUCGAUGCUGAACCAAGAGUACGUCGACUGGAAAAGGGAAUAUGCGGAAUGUCCCCCUGACAGCGAUGGGAGCUCAAUGGCGGAUUUCCUUGCAGCUGCAGCAUUCGAGGUUGGCCACACCGGAAACAGAAGUUGUGAAGCUUUGAAGACAUACUGCAGCGAUUCAGACAAUUUUGAUUUUGACACUUCCAUGAGAUUGUAUUCGACAGCAGCAACAUGGCUGCGCUUCGCUUGCCCCAGAGCUUGUGGAUGUACAGAUCCCAAUUCGUCGCCGGUUUUCAGGACACCACGCCAUGGCUGCCGCAGGUCUUGCAUCCAGCAGCGGUACGGCUUCUCCAUGUUUUCCGGGAGUCCUUCGUUCGGUCGGCUCCCGAGCUUCCCGGCGGCCUGCAAAGAUACUCCUCCCGGGAGGGCUUGGCGCCACUUUUGGGGCAACGCUGCUUUCAUGUCAGCCGCACAUCUCAACUCUGCUGUGGCUUACGAAAGUGAGAGCUUCCGUUCGCUUGUGGGAGCCGCGAUGGAGGUGGGCUGCCCCAUUCUGACCGUUGCUCCCACCGACUAUGGUGGCAACCUCGUAUGCAGAGGGACUAUCUAUAACCUGCCCUUGGCAUGGUGGUGUCCGGAGACCUGUGGUUGCGCAUCCUCUGGCAACGCCGAAAGAGACCGCUUCUGCUUUGGGUACGAUUACUGCCCCAUGCACGUACUGGAGACAGACACGAACGCGGCUUGGGAGUUCAUCCGAAAGUACGACAUCUUAAAAAUUUUAAUGAAUCCGGAGCUCAUACCAUAUUCCCUGUAG